AUGUCGAAAGCGGCCCCCAAGAAGGUGGUGGCCCAGCCGCCCCCCGGCUGCACCCUGGACAUUAACGACCCGCAGGUGCAGAACGCGGCCAUCCGCAUCCAGGCCUCCUACCGGGGACACAGGUCCCGCAAGGAGCUGAAGGAGAAGGGCCCCCCGCGGGUGCUGCAGGAGCUGAAGGACGUGGUGCUGAUCGAGGGCAGCGCCGCCCGGCUGGAGUGCCGGAUCAGCGCCUUCCCCGACCCCUUCAUCCGCUGGUCCAAGGACGGGCAGGAGCUGAAGGACGGGCCCAAGUACCGCUACGUCUUCGAGGACCCCGACAUCGUGGCGCUGGUGGUGCGGGACGGCGAGCUGGCCGACCUGGGGCGCUACACCAUCGCCGUGAAGAACACCUUCGGGGAGUGCUUCGACUCCGCCCGCAUCCUGGUGGAAGUCCCUGCCAAGAUCGAGAAGGGGCCGGAGAGCACCAAGGUGAAGAAAGGCGCCACGGUCACCCUGACGGCGCACAUCAGCGGCGAGCCGGCGCCCGACGUGGGCUGGGCCAAGGAUGGGGAGGACAUCGAGGAGGACGACAGGGUGUUCUACGACAUCGGCAGCGACUCGACCACACUCACCAUCAAGCGGGUGGCCGCGGGCGACGCCGGGAAGUACGAGGUCUUCGUGGAGAACAGCCUGGGCACAGACGAGUCCUUCGCCCGUCUCGACGUGCUCUGA